AUGGCAAAAACAGCAAGAAGACAACUCGAAAUUACAAGUGUUGUAUCAGGUCCCAUUACCUACUCACCUGACGCUAUUCCCCUGGUUGGUCCCGAUGCACGGGUUCCUAAUAUGUGGCUGGCCCUUGGGACGGGUUACGGCAACCUCGUCCCCAGGGCUUUUCCCUCCACCCACUUUUUGAGGAAAAAGCCCUGGGGACCAGGCUGGGGUUACGGUAUUGGUCUGGCUGGUAGGUUCAUUCAGACUUUAAUAAUCACCACAUCCAAAUCAUGCUGUAUUAAGUAAUACAAAUUGACCAUACAGCGUAAAACAGUUAAAAGCUAAGGAAAUUCUCGGGCUGUUUUUUCUUUGCUGGUUUCCUCAGUGGUCGAUUUGCGCGCGAUCCACCUUAAGAUCAUUUCCACACUGGCAAAACAUACCACCAAUUUACUAAGUGAGGCCUGCACAAAUGUGGACAGCCCUUAAUCCUUUGAUUACUCAAAGCACUUGUCGUGUCGUGUAAGUUUUAUUUGCAAAAUAACUUUUAGAUCUUUGUCGCCCAAGAUAAAACAAAUGGAGCGAAAGUUAUUCUGCGAAGUUAGCUGUCAUGGAAAGCUAAUGUAGCCUGGUGCUCAUCUCAUCUUGUUUUAUACUCGAUAAAAAUUACUCCAUCUUUGAACUGCAUUUUACAGGUGGUAUCUGCAAAUACUUAUCUGACUGGAUGAUUGAAGGAGAACCGCCUUUCGACCUCAUUGAAUGGGAACCUAAUCGCUAUGGUAACUGGGCCACAAGAGAAGUAAAAUUUCUCGACAACGCCUUUUUGUAUCUUUUCGCAGAGGCUGUGUGA